UGUAUCCUCCUGCAAACAUAAUAUGUGCUGCCUUUGCCUAAAGAGAAUGCUGAGGGAUGACGAUGUUCGUGAAUAUAUUUGCAAGAUAGACGGCUGUCACGUAAAAUACGAUCUCUCGGACAUACUGGAAAUGUAUGAAAAAUCCAUUUCAGACACGAGUUUAAAAAUCUUUGCGUACCCAGGAAGCAAUUGCUCAAUGACAGGUUGUUCAAAAUUGACGCUGCUUAAACUCAUCAAAUGUAACCACAGCCUGUGUUGGGAAUGCAUUACAAAAGGAUCAACUGCAGAAAACAGGGAAAUUGAACGUCAACUUUCGAUGAAGUGUCCAGUUCGGAAUUGUGGGACUUCUUUUCCUUUGGAUUGUUUAAAAUAUUAUGUUCAAUGUCUUAUGUCAUCCAUGCAGUUGGUAACGUAUUUACAUGUAUCUAAAUCUAAAUGGUUCUAGAGUGCCAAAACAAGGGGAAAAAAGAAAAGAAAAAAAAGAAUUGAUAAGAAUAGACCAUAAUCUAUGAUAUCAUAUAGAUAAAAUUUACUUCUUUGUGUUUCCCUGUUCGUGUGAUGUUAGAUUCUCUUUCUUUUA